CCGGCCGGGAAGAUGCCCGUUGCCGUGAUGGCAGAAAGUGCCUUUAGUUUCAAGAAGUUGCUGGAUCAGUGCGAGAACCAGGAACUUGAGGCUCCUGGAGGAAUUGCUACACCCCCAGUGUAUGGUCAGCUUUUAGCUUUGUAUCUGCUCCAUAAUGACAUGAACAAUGCAAGAUAUCUCUGGAAAAGAAUACCACCUGCUAUAAAAUCUGCAAGUUCUGAACUCGGGGGAAUUUGGUCAGUAGGACAGCGAAUCUGGCAGAGAGAUUUCCCUGGAAUCUAUACGACCAUCAAUGCUCACCAGUGGUCUGAGACGGUGCAGCCAAUCAUGGAAGCCCUUAGAGAUGCAACAAGGAGACGAGCAUUCGCCCUGGUGUCUCAAGCUUAUACCUCAAUCAUCGCCGACGAUUUCGCAGCUUUUGUCGGGCUGCCUGUGGAAGAGGCUGUGAAAGGUAUAUUAGAACAAGGAUGGCAAGCUGACUCGACCACAAGGAUGGUUAUGCCCAAAAAGCCAGUUGCAGGGGCCCUGGAUGUGUCCUUUAGCAGGUUUAUUCCUUUAUAAGAACCUGCACAAGCUCCACCAAUCCCCAACGAACAGCAGUUAGCCAGACUGACUGAUUAUGUGGCUUUCCUUGAAAAUUGACUUGCCGUUGAGUCCCACACCCACGUUCAGAGUCCUGUAUACUGACAAAUAGAGAAAUGUCAAAUCCUUAUUUUCAAUUCAUUGGAUGGAUGAAGCACCUCAGCAUUCCUCACUGAGUAUGUGAUAAAAAUACAUAUAUAACAUAAAGUAUAUUAUAUGUAUUUUGUCCUUAAGGAUCAUGCUGAC